GUGACGGAGAGGGCUCCGUUACUAGGGACGCGGCACUGAGCAAGAACGUCGCUUGGCAUGUUCGAACAGUUGCCUUCAAGAGCACCUUCCAUACAAUCAAAUGCCACUCGCCGGCCACCUUCCGAAGCCAUAGAUGACACGCCCUUCGAUGACCACCCGGUGGACCACGGCGAUCUGCAGCUCCAUGCACCGGAUCGCAAGAUGGCCGGGGAGUCGACGCAGAGGUGGUGGGAGAUGAGCUUGGUGCUAAAGAACACCGGGAGCGUAGCUAGAGAUCAUCUGGCUUCGGAGCGGACAUUUUUGGCCUGGAUGAGGACGAGUGUUUCGUUGGCUAUGGCCGGUGUGGCCGUCGCUCAGCUAUUCAGACUCUCCAAGCCCGCUCGUCCCCCACUUCAACUCCCCUCAGACGCCGCCGUUGACCCUACAUCCUCCAACGCGGACGCUCAACGGCGUCUACUCGAGACCCUCGAUGCCUACUAUUCCGCCUUGACGUACGACCUGGAGACGAGUAACCGGAAUCGACGAUUCGCUAAACCCCUUGGGGGGUUGUUGAUUGCUACGGGGUUGAUCACCAUGUUGAUCGGCAUGUAUCGAUAUUUUCUGACGCAACACCUCUUGACAAGAGACCAAUACUCGGCGACCCGUACUCCCGUAUUCUUUAUCUCGGCGCUCACGGGGAGUAUCAUGAUCGUCAUCUUUGGAUGCCUUUUGGGGAGCGCUCGAUAAAGGGCCACAACAGGUCGGUUUUGAACGGGAAGAGGAGGAAACCUCUGACGGGGGUUGGAUUACCUUCGAGGGAGAGGACGGACUGUUUAUCCCUCUUCCCAAGACGUUCCGCACCGUCUGGUCCGACCAAUACACUGGCGUUAGCGAGUCCGCUUC